UCGUCGUCUUCCCGGAAGCAUCCCCGAGUGGUUUCAAGCUCCCGACAGCACUCGUCACCGCCCCCUCAGCACUCGUCACCGCCCACUCGGCACUCGAGACUCUUCCCAAAAGAGUGGGAAUCAGUGCAAUCUGAAGCCGAGUCCGACAGCGAACGUUCCGCAGCAGGCACAGCAGCAGGCCCAGCAGGCCCAGCAACACACUCCGCAAAGCGACCAGCAGCAGGGACAGCAGCAGGCCCAGCAGCAGGCCCAAAACCCCAAGGAGGACGAGCAUGUGAGGGAUGCGUACCAGACCACAAGAGUACACUACGCAGAGCUCAGAGUUCGGCUAACAGCUACAAAGGUAGAAGUCUCCAAGGUCUCUUUAGUCAACGUCGAAGCACUUCAACGAGUCUCCAGCACUUCCCCAGAAUUGGGCAGCUCGCCGCCACAACCGUCGGCCCCUGUCCGUAGAACCGUACUCCCAGUUGGUGCCCCUGCUCCAGAAGCAGUCGCCAGUGCUUCACAGAGCUCUCAAUCCCGACGUCGCCGUCGGCUACCAAUACCUAGUUCCCCUCCACCGGCAGAGCAGAGGCAAAGCCGCAGAGAUCGUGCCCCAGAAACUCCCUCGCGUGCUCAGGUAACUGUGAGGGAUGCGUACCAGACCACAAGAGUACACUACGCAGAGCUCAGAGUUCGGCUAACAGCUACAAAGAUAGAAGUCUCCAAGGUCUCUUCAGUCAACGUCGAGUAUAAUUCUCCUUGA